GUAAAAACAUCAGAGUUUUACCGGUACUCCCGGCAGCUGCGACACGAGGUUGACCAAGCCAUGAAUUACUUCCAUAGUGUUCACCAGCAGCCUUUGAUGGAAAUGAAAUCAAACAAAAUCCGCUCUGCCAAGCCCCAGACCGCAGUGUUCAGAGGAAUGAUAGGGCACAGCAUGGUGAACAGUAAAAUUCUUCUCUUGCACAAACCGAGGGUCUGGUGGGAACUGGAGGGUCCUCAAGUACCUUUGCGACCAGACUGCCUGGCCAUUGUGAACAACUUUGUGUUCCUGCUAGGCGGGGAAGAACUGGGGCCGGACGGGGAGUUUCACGCCUCCUCCAAGGUGUUUCGCUACGACCCGAGGCAGAACACGUGGCUGCGGAUGGCAGACAUGUCUGUCCCGCGCUCCGAGUUUGCUGUCGGAGUGAUCGGGAGGUACGUUUACGCGGUGGCUGGCAGAACCAGGGAUGAAACAUUUUACUCGACUGAGCGGUAUGAUAUUACUGAAGAUAAAUGGGAAUUUGUGGAUCCUUAUCCAGUCAAUAAGUACGGACAUGAAGGGACUGUGCUCGGCAACAAGCUGUACAUCACUGGUGGAAUUACAUCCUCAUCAACUUCUAAGCAAGUGUGUGUCUUUGACCCCAGUAAAGAAGGGACGGUGGAGCAACGCACGAGGAGGACUCAAGUGGUCACCAACUGCUGGGAGAACAAAUGCAAGAUGAAUUACGCGAGAUGCUUUCACAAAAUGAUUUCGUACAACGGGAAGCUGUAUGUCUUUGGGGGUGUUUGUGUGAUCCUGAGGGCCUCCUUUGAGUCCCAGGGGUGUCCUUCCACGGAGGUGUACGACCCGGACGCGGACCAGUGGACCAUCCUGGCCUCCAUGCCCAUUGGGAGGAGCGGCCACGGCGUGGCUGUCCUGGACAAGCAGAUCAUGGUGCUCGGAGGCCUGUGCUACAACGGGCACUACAGCGAUUCCAUCCUCACUUUCGAUCCAGAGGAGAACAAGUGGAAGGAGGAUGAGUACCCCAGGAUGCCCUGCAAGCUGGACGGCCUGCAGGUGUGCAGCUUGCACUUCCCUGAGUACGUCCUGGAGCACGUGAGGCGCUGCAGCUAG